UCGAAAAAAAUUACAGUUCUUGCCCAAUGUAGUGUUUUCAAUAUUAUCUUAGAAUUGUAUAUUUUGGCCCAGAAGUAGAAUAUCUAUCCACUACACGUAUGAAGCUGCAACAUGUUGACAAUAAUGUAAUGUAGUUACAUGCAUCAGCGUUUAUUGACUCUAAAAUGACAACAACAAACAAACAAAAUUUCCUCUGCAUCUUGGUGACGUCACGCAAACGAUAACCCGGAAGAGAGGAAAGCACACCGUUAUCUCUGGAUGUUUACACCCGAAAGCGAAGAUGAAUCCUCCGAUUAUCAACUCUACUAACUCGGUCACAACUUCCACGAAAAGGAAGCGAGAGGCCGAGCGCUCCGUCAACUGGACGGUGGAGGAGACUCAGGUGUUGCUGUGUGCCUGGAGUGAUGAGCACGUACAGAAGAGCCUGGCGGAGAACGUCCGAAACCGCCAUGUCUUCAAACACCUCUCAACCCGCAUGUGUGACCUGGGCUUCUCCCGCAGUCCCCACCAGUGCCGGCUCCGCGUCAAGACCCUCAAGGCCAACUAUGUCAGAGCCAAGCUGCUGAGGAGCGUGGACGACUCCCAGCCCUGCAGUUUCAGGUACUACGCUGAGAUGGACGCUGUGCUGGGGAGAAACUGUGCAGUGGAUGGGAUGGGAGGAGGGUGCCAUUUUGGAUCUCCUGAAGGGAUAGGAGGACUAGGAGGAGAGCAUCAUUUUGGGUCUGAAGGGAUAAGAGGAGGAGGACGCCAUUUUGGAUCUCCUGAUAGGAUAGUAGGAGGGCGACAUUUUGGGUCUGUCGAUGGAAUGGGAACAGAACCCCAUUCUGGAUCUCCUGAGGGGAUAGGAGGACGACAGUCGCGGUAUCUGGUCUCUGAGGUGAAGGUGGAGGAGGAGGAGGAGGACAGAGAGGCAGAAGACACAGACGACUACGAGUCCAAUGGCAUAGGAAUCAACGGUCAGCCACUGGCGGGCUCGGGUGGAAGACGCCAUGAUGUUUUUGUAGACCGCCUCAACGUCUAUCAUGAUCCUGUUGGUCAUCCAUUAGAGGUGGACCUGAGCUCCAGAUCCCCCUCCCCCCCACCACCCCAACCACCACCCCACCCGGCCUCCCCUCUUCAUCCACCCCCAGACCCUAGCCCUGGCCGUGGUAGCACCAUCCCCUCCACCCAGUCCCUGGAGCCUGCGUUGAAACACCUGGCAGACUGCUUCCAGAGGCUGGUCUCAGAGUCCCGGGGGCUGCUGGUACAGCUGGAGGGCCAGAGGCAGGAGCAGACUCGCUGGCAGCAGGACCUCCUGUCUCAGUGGCUGGAGAGAGAGGAGAGGAGGCAGAGGGAGGCAGCAGACAGGGAGGACCGGAGAGAGAGAGCUCGGAUGGAACAUGAGGUCAGGGUACUGCAGCUCCUCACUGGCCUGGCCCAGAACCAGCAGAGGAACCAGACACAUCACAGCUGCUGCCACCAGUGUAGCAGGACGGAAGGGGUAGCAGGGGGUGGUUCCGGGGCCUCGACCACUACUACACUGGAUAAUGGAGCUGGGGACAGAGAUGGGACUGAAUCAGAGACCACAUAGACAGGGUGGGAUGUGAUGCAGAUCUGGGCCAAAUACAGUAUUUGAUGUACGUUAUGUAUUUGACUCGUGUCUGGUGUGGUGAGCAUUCGUUGCCUUCUAAAUUGGAAAGGACUAGGCUCUCAGUAUUUGUUUACUUCUUUGCCUGGUCACUUGUUUGGAGUGUACAUUCUGCUUUCAAAAAAAAAACUAUACAAUGGGUUUUAAUCCUAGGAUUUCUUAGGAUAACAAGAAUAAUUUGGUGGGUGCUUAUAUUGGUCCUAUUUCAAAAAAGGUGUGUUUUGUAUAUCCCAACUCUCCCUGAGACACCCUGGGAGAGUGGGGUCGCGUCCAGGGUCUCAGUGAAACACUGAGACCAUCUCAAUUGUAAUGAUGUUUAUUAUGUUCUGUGCCAUUUUACAGUUUAUUAUGAAUUGUCUUACCAAUAAAAAUGCAUUGGUAUCGAAUGGUUA